AUGACGGAUCGUCUGGUGAUUGAGCAUGGCAAAGUGGUUACUUUGUCUCUGGAUGCACCUAAUCCGGCUCAAAAUCCCACCUGUCACCCCGCUUUACUCUCUUGGUCGAAAGCUAAGCUGGUUUCAUCGCCGACUUACCGGCUCGCAGAAUUCCGCCAGUCGGCACACUCGCAGAACACAGGCGAAUACAGCUUUCUCUGCACCGACCAGGCCGACAGUGGGAAAUGUCUGGCUUAUAUAGACGGCAGUAACCAGGUUCCAAUUGACCGAGACGCCUGGGUGACUACUGAUAAUACUGAUACCGUCGGCCCGGAACUUGUCCCUUUUCCUCUCGGCGCCUCCAGGCUCAGCCGAGAAAGAAGGCCCCCUGUGGCUGGUAUGUUGCACCUUAUUCUCAUCUUUCUCCAAGUCGUGCAAAAGGUCUUGAUUACAACUGAAAUUGGAGCAAAUAAAGAUAGUGUGACAGCUUUUAUGUCAGCAUCUGUCCAGAUGCGUGUGCGUGCGUGGUUGUGA